AUGGUCCGUGUCAGCACCAUGGCCGGCGAGCUCCUGGAAAGCUGCACGCCUUCUGCUUUCCAGAGCGUUGGGGAUCUGGCCGCACACGUGGCCUGCAAAAUGAAGGCGCCAAUGUGUAGCCUGACGACCUCCGCGGGCGAGAAGCUCUCGCCGCACCUGACACUGGAUGCCGUGGACGAGGAGCUGACAGCUGUGGCGGAGUCCGUGGACCCAUUGCUGAUCAUGCUUCAGCUACAGGAGCCGGAUGGAAAACUUCUGUGGCCAAAUCUCGAAGAGCUGCAGAGAGCUGCUGCGAAGGCCGAGGAAGACCUGGUGCGAUGUGCGUGUGGCAUCGGCGCCCCAGGGCACCUUGCUGGCAUGCCUUCACUUCCCUGGACCGACUCGACUGUGCCUGCCCCUCCCAUGUUCCUGCAGGAUUGCCUGGGGCAUUUCUCACUGGCUCCGAUGAAGCGCCUGGGACCCCCGAGGCAACUUGGAUGUCGGAUGACUCUUGACACUCCGGUGAUCCACGCCGGUGCUCGCAUAGUGGUCGUCGGCGAGAAGGGGGCGAGCGAGACCAGGAAGGAGACCUUGCACAUAAGAGAUGCGCCGAUGACACUGCGUGAUUUGCAGGCUAUUUGCGAGGACCGCCCGGACCUCGACGAUCUGAAGAAGGCCGUGGCGCACAUCGACGGCGAAGUCAUCCACCCGACGAUCGAAGUGGUGUCCUAUUCCCGUUAUGAGAUUACGUUCCAGCUUGGCCAUGAACGCUACAACUGGGACGACAUGUGA